GGACACCUGUUUGCUGACUUCAAUGUCACGGUUCUCAGGACACGCUCACCACGACUUUCUCCCUGAUCCUGGCGCUUAUUCACCGCACCUGGGAUGCUAUAGACAGCCCUUCGCCUGUCUUUGUCGUCGUCUAUGUCCUUCACGAGGUGGACCGUCCCAGGCCCGCUCUGCAGGGCAUCCGGGCAUUGGGUCAUGCACAGUCUCAAAGCGUUAUGCACCUUCAAUCUGACUCAUAAUCGUGCGAGGAACUUGCCCUGAGGGUGAUUGCCGGCAUCUUUGUUGCUAACCGUGGGCUGGCUCCGCAAUGGUGGGGGGCUUGUUUUGGGGCUACGAUCUCUGUAUUCCCCUUCAUAUUUGCGCUCGCACGAUGGACCGAGGUGGUGCGCAUAUAUUCGGUAUGGAGAUCUAAUGGUCUCUCCAGAUAGGAUCAGGUCAUGCAUUCCAGCCAAUUUCAAUAUGCUCGCGAUUCGAAAACUACUCGAGGAUGUGUGCACAUCACGUCUAAGCGACCCAUCCAGCAACGAAGUCAUCGAUCUGCCCAUGCCGCUUCACGGCGUCCUCCCAAGUCGGGUAUUGCCCUUCGGUGGCAAAACGGUCAUACAACAGUCCCACAAUUUUUGACGGCAGUGGAGCAGUUGCGUCCCCCGGCCAGGACUCUUGUAGGUCAAAUUCGACCUUCUCCACCUUGUCCGUCUCGAAAUCAUGCACCUCGACAACAAUGCCGGCGGACACCAUAUGCAGCAUGGAAGACGCCUGGUUCGUCACGCGUAUCUCGCCCUUCUCGCCUGCGAUGCUCCACACAAGCGCGGGCUCGCCCGGGAACGGGGGACUGCGGCGGAAGCGAAACAGCAGGGAUGCGUCGCGCACGACGGUCGGCGACUCCGUCAGGCGUGCGGUGACGAUAAAUAGGUCCGCUGCGGCUGCGACUUGAUCUCGGUGGCCUCGCCCAGAACUGCCUGUAUCAGAUCGAAACCUGCGAGAGAUCGGGACCUAAGCAUCUAAAGCUAUUGUGGCGGCACAUCACGCACCGUGGCCUCCAAAGAUGGUGAUGACAUUCCCACCAACCGAGCGCUGGAGGAAAUAUUCGGCCCCUUUGGGCACUGAAUCGCGUCCUUUGGUCGCGCCUGCGCCAUGGAACUCCGUGCUCAGAACCUUCCCGAUCCGCCCAUCCUCGAUCAGCUUCUUGAGCCGCAGCGUCAAGGGGCUAACACGGCCUUGCAGACCGACCAUUGUCCGCCCACCACCAUUUCGGGCGGCGUCAGCCAGUUCCUUUGCGUGCUUGGUAUCUUGCGCUAGCGGCCACUCGACGUACACGUCUUUCCCAGCCUGGGCAGACGCGAGGACGGUCUCGUAGUGCCUGUCGACACGCGUGCUGCACACGACAAGCCGAAUGUCCUUAUCCGCCGCCAGUUCCGCGGGCGAACCGUACGCGCGCGUCUCGGCGGGGAGGUUGAAGUGCUUGAUAGCAGCGAGAGAAGAUUCUUUGGACGAGUUGAGAACGGCGACGAUGGUGUAGCGAGAUCGUCCGUGUGCGGAGAGCAGGUAGGGCAGGUGCGCAGAGACGGCCCACGACGAGGUCGAGUUCGCCGACAAUCCGAUGAGUGCAGUGGGGAUGGGAGCCAUGUUGAUAGUAACGAACGUCCCCACUGACCUGCAUUAUAAGCAGGAGUCUCUGAGAGAGAUUUAUCAGCCGAUUCGAUAUGAAGCUUUCUGCUUACUGAGCUGUGCCAUAUCGACGCGAUUCCAAUAUGACUGCCGGAGUGAGCGGGAAACGAUGGUCCUCGUACGUAGAGGUGCCGUGCGAAUUAGUCACCACUACUUCACAAUAUUUGGCUGAUUGGCCCAAGGGCUGUGCUUCGUUGUCUUAAAUUGUACAGCGGUUUCUUGACCGGCAGCCGGAUUUUACGCAGCACAAAUCGAUUUAUCAAGGCGUGGUCAAAAAGGCUCCGGAAGGGCAUCCGUGUAUUUCUCUAUCAAAUUCCAUCGCGAACAAAAUUUCCGUUAGACGAGCAAAAAAAUUAACAUCUUCAUCAAUUAUUCAUGUAAAUAAUAGAAUGUUGA